UUAUGACAGGACAUACCAUAUUACAAGAUUUUGUUUUUUAAUGUUGACCCUUUUAGUCUGACUGGACAAAUUGCAUAAGUGGGCCUCUAAAAGGCGCUGUUACAUUUUAAAUGGAUUUGUUGAUGCUGAACGAUGCAGUGCGGCUCCCUCCUCUUUCGCUGCCAUUUGGCAAAAAAGAGCUUCGCGUGAAGAACGUAUAAUACUUGAUCUAAAUAAGGCCGAAAUAAUCGCGCCUGCUUGUUAGUGAUUUUUUUUUGACCGGUUUACAUGAUUGGAAUAUUUUUACUUUCAUAUGGAGUCGAAAGAUAUUCAUCAAUGCCGAGGAGGAAUAUGGCGACGCAAGGCCUGCCUCUUUGUCUUUUGGUGUUUUUUUCUAAACGGAACGCAGGCGCAAAUCCGCUACUCAAUCCCAGAGGAGAUGAAAAAAGGCUCGCUUGUCGGAAAUGUGGCCCGAGAUCUUGGUUUGGAUCUGAAAAGACUCCGUUCUGGGCGCGCCCGCAUCGUGACCGGCGAGAACGUCCAGUACGCGGAGCUGAGGGCGGACAAAGGGCUUCUGGAUGUCCAUGAGAGGAUAGAUCGAGAGCAGCUGUGUGGAGACGUGACGCCGUGCAGUUUCACCUUUGAGAUUUUGUUGGAAAACCCCAUGGAAUUGCAUCCGGUAACCAUCGAAGUGUUAGACGUGAAUGACAACGCUCCCACCUUUGAAAGUAGACAUUUAGAAUUUGAAAUAAGUGAGUCAGCUGCACUUGGCUCCCGUUUUCUUUUGGAGAAUGCUCACGAUGCUGACGUGGACGCAAACGGUCUGCAGAGUUACAUUUUAACACCGAGCGAUAAUUUUGUUUUGAAGCAACACGUCAGUCCGGGAGGCAGAAAAUAUGCAGAAAUGGUGCUUCAGAAAGUCUUAGACAGAGAGCAACAGCCGCGGCUCUCAUUAAAAUUGGUGGCUGUGGACGGGGGGAAUCCGCAAAGAUCUGGCACUGUCAAUGUUGAAAUUAUUAUUCUCGAUAUAAAUGACAACGCACCCGUCUUUAAUCAAACCAUAUAUAAAGCGAAGUUAUUUGAAAAUGCACCAAAAGGCACCCAUGUUUUGACUGUGAAUGCCACCGAUGCUGAUAGUGGUUCAAAUGGAAUAGUAACAUACUCAUUUUCAAAAUCAAAUGCAGGAAUAACAGAUUUGUUUCAUAUAGACGAGGUGGCAGGAUGUAUAUCUGUAGCAAAACCAAUAGACUAUGAAAAAGACAAAACAAUUGAAUUCAUGGUUGAAGCAAAAGAUCAAGGUGGGCUGAGCAAAUCUGCAAAGGUCGAAAUAGAAGUCAUGGAUUUAAAUGAUAAUGUCCCAGCCAUCAAUGUAAUGUCCUUCACAAGUCCUGUACAAGAAGACUCCCCCGUCGGUGCCACAAUCGGUAUCAUAAAUGUAAAAGACCAAGAUUCGGGAGAGAAUGGACAUGUGAGGUGUGCAAUUGAAGGCCGCGUUCCAUUUAAAAUUAAAUCCAAUGUAAGAAAUUAUUUUGCAUUAAUGACCGAUGCUGAUUUAGACCGUGAACGUGUGUCAGAAUACAACAUCACGGUUGUUGCGUCAGACUCAGGCUCGCCACCCCUUUCCAUUAAACAUACUUUUAAUUUGAAAGUGUCAGAUGUGAAUGACAACGCUCCCGUGUUUCCGGUCAGCCUUUAUAGCGCAAACGUUGCAGAGAACAACACGCCGGGUGGUCCUGUGCUCAGCGUGAGUGCCAAAGACCCAGAUGAAAACCAGAACGCUCGGGUCUCCUACAUGUUGGAGCAGAGUGAAAUCGGAGGAAGAUCGAUUAGUGAAUUUGUGUCUGUGAAUGCAGAAAGCGGAGUUAUUAGUGCAGCUCGCUCAUAUGACUAUGAGCAACUUAAAGAGUUCCACUUCCGCGUCAGAGCACAGGAUGGCGGCUCCCCUCCCCUCAGCAGCAACGUGAGCGUUCGUAUGCUGAUCCAGGACCAGAAUGACAACGCCCCUCAGGUCCUGUACCCGGUGCAGACGGGUGGCUCGCUGCUGGCCGAAAUGGUGCCUCGUUCGGCAGAGGUGGGCUAUCUGGUGACGAAAGUGGUGGCCGUGGACGUGGACUCUGGCCAGAACGCCUGGCUCUCCUAUAAAGUGCACAAAGCCACCGACAGGGCGCUGUUUGAAGUGGGCCUCCACAACGGAGAAAUAGGAGUACAAUGA